AAACAUUUAAAACAUGGGGUAAGUUUCUGCAGUUACCAUAUGCUAAUGAGGCAAAGUUUUGACCCAAUAUGAUCUAAGCCCUCAUAAGCGAACACCAAGGAUUGACAUUUUGGAUGGUCGCUUACAGGAGGUUUAACUGUAUUCAUCUCUCCCAGAAAGAUUAAUUUCUUUCAUUGGUGUUUGUAGAAAAACAUCUAAGAUUGCCCAUAGUACUCCAAAGAUUGAUCGUCACCCUGUGGACGUUAGUCCAGGAACCAGUCCCACACUGUCUGCAUCGCCACUCAACACACCAUUACACAGAACACCAGUGAGGAAGAUAAGUCGGCCAUCUAGUGCAGAGUCCUCUAGACGUGACAAGGACAAUGGGUCAGAUGGUUCAAAUGUUAGUAGUGGCGGCACUACUCCAAGACUACCUCACAGAGAUCUAGAGCUACUUCAAUCUGCAUCUGAUUCAGAAUCUGUUUCCUUUAAAGAUCCUGGAAAGACUAAUAAUAAUAAUGCCAGUACGUUUCCAGAUUUAGAGUUUCUUCGUGAAGUAACUGAAGGGUAUGAUAGUAUGGAAGAGGACACAAAUAGUGCAAAGGAAAUGCUGCUACACCUACAGAACUUGUUACUGAAUGGCAGAGUGGAAGACGACGAGAUUCCUGAAGAGUACUGUGGGCUUGAAGGUUCCACAGUUCAGGAACAGCUUACUAUAGUGAGCAGUCGACUUGAUCAGAGAGAAGCUGAAUAUGACAGUCUGAAAGCGGAACUCAACAAAACCAAGGAGGAGUGUAUCAAUCUUCAAGGCAUCAAGGCUGGUCUGUNCAGUCCUCUUGAUCUUGAGUUCAGUGCACUAUCUGCGGGACCUGGCAGACAAGUAGAUGAUACCAUUAUAAUUGAAUUACAACAGAGAAUAAGAGAUCUCCAGGAGAAGCUUGAUUCUGUUGGUUCAUAUGAGGCUACCCUGUCAGCUCGAAUUUCCACGCAGGAUGAGAAGAUGGCAUCGCUAGAGGACAAGAUUUUGAAUCCACAGAAUCUACAAAACUCUGCUGUCGUUUCUCAUGGACUGAAGUCUGCGGAGCUGUUUNCAGAAGUAGAACAACUGCAGUAUCAGCUUGCCGAGAGGGACAAGGAAGUGUCCGCUCUUCGUAGUGAACUGGUACGCAGAGAGAAGACAGUCGAUAAACAGAGGGUGGAGCUUGAAGAUGCUAUGAGGCAUAUUGAGGAACUUCAAUUUGCACAGGGAGGACCUGGCAGACAAGUAGAUGAGACCAUUACAAUUGAAUUACAACAGAGAAUAAGAGAUCUCCAGGAGAAGCUUGAUUCUGUUGGUUCAUAUGAGGCUACCCUGUCAGCUCGAAUUUCCACGCAGGAUGAGAAGAUGGCAUCGCUAGAGGACAAGAUUUUGAAUCCACAGAAUCUACAAAACUCUGCUGUCAUUUCUCAUGGACUGAAGAGAUCAGAAGAAAUGGAGGUUGUACGAGAAGCUAUUGAAAGUAUGCGGAGCUGUUUUAGACCACAUGAUCCACAUCACCACACACUGGACACAUUAGAACAGAGUAUUAUUGCAGUCCAUUCUUCAGACCACCAGGCCAGUUCCUUUGAUUCUGAUACUGAGAGUGUUAAUAUAAAGGGUGUGAAUGGAUUUGAUCAUAGCAAUGGAUACAAUAGCAAAUCGCUCCCACAUCAAAGACAUUUAGAUGGUAAUGCUAAAGACACUCAUGUAAUUAGCACCAAAGUACUUUAUUUUACAGAGAAGACAGUCACUCCUUUCCUUACAUCAAUUCCGAGAAGAUUAGGAGAAAUAACUUUAGGAGACUUCAAAGAAGCAAUUGACAGACCUGGAUUAUAUCGCUACCACUUCAAAGCAUUAGAUCCUGAGUUUGGAACGGUUAAAGAAGAGGUUAUUGAUGAUGGUGACAUUGUGCCUGGCUGGGAAGGAAAGAUUGUAGCAUGGGUGGAAGAUGAUUCAGGACAAAAAGUUCUUUCUUAUCAAGAACAAAUGGGUGUGAAUGGAUUUGAUCAUAGCAAUGGAUACAAUAGCAAAUCGCUCCCACAUCAAAGACAUUUAGAUGGUAAUGCUAAAGACACUCAUGUAAUUAGCACCAAAGUACUUUAUUUUACAGAGAAGACAGUCACUCCUUUCCUUACAUCAAUUCCGAGAAGAUUAGGAGAAAUAACUUUAGGAGACUUCAAAGAAGCAAUUGACAGACCUGGAUUAUAUCGCUACCACUUCAAAGCAUUAGAUCCUGAGUUUGGAACAGUUAAAGAAGAGGUUAUUGAUGAUGGUGACAUUGUGCCUGGCUGGGAAGGAAAGAUUGUAGCAUGGGUGGAAGAUGAUUCAGGACAAAAAGUUCUUUCUUAUCAAGAACAAAUGGCCUGACACAAUGAAUGCCAUAGAAAAAAACUAGAAUAAGUUAUUAUUGAAUUACAAAUGCUCAACACUUUCCAAAAGAGACCUGCUGUUAGGGUUCCUGACAAGUGAUGGGCCCCAGAAAGUGGUUCUUUUUCUUCCCUGUCCUCCAAAAUGUAGUACCAUAAUGGGUCUCUUGAGGGUAGGUCACUUUUGUAGGAGUUCCCCAUUAGUAAGCCCCCACAAAUGGGUCCUUUUCUGCCAGUGAUCCGUAAUAGGCCUUUUUCACACCCACCAAACAAGAUCCCCAAGAAGGGUCACUUUUUUGCAUGAAGGUCGCUACGAAAGAAGGAUAAUAACAAGAGUAGGAAAAAGGAUUGCCUCUUGGUUAUCGCCUUAUUAGA